CACCCGCGUUGCCUCUUGGGAGACAGUUCGCCACCGUAUGGGUCCGCUCCACGCCCGGCUCCCGCCGACGGCCCAGGCACACGCCGGUGCCCACGCGCACGCACGAGGCCCGCGCACACGCACACGCUGCCCGCGCGCCCAGCCUCGACGCGGUGACAGGCGCUGCGCUGAAGCAGCCCGGCCGGGCUUUGGAGGCGGCGGACCGAGCUCGGCGCCGGGACGAGUCGGCCGUGUCCAUGGGUCAGCGCCGCCCCGCCGGCCGUCCCGCAGCCCCGCAGCCCCGGGCGCACAGGCAGCAGCUGGGGGAAGAAUCAACACACCAGGGAGCGGAGCGAAGCGCACCGAGGACACAGGCGGCCGCUGCCCCCGCCGCCGCCGCCGCCACCGCCACCCGGGGCCCGCGCCCCGCCGCUGCCCCGGCCCGGCGCUCCGGGCUGCCCCGGGAGGGGGGGGGGGAAAGGGCCCGGAUCCUCCUUCUCCCCCUCCUCCUCCUCCUCGCUCCCAGUCACCCCGGCCCGACCCCGGCCCCCGCCCGACCCCGGCCCCCGUCUCGCCCCCCCGGCUUCCCACCACGGCCUCUCUCGGCGAGGAAACUCUGGCCUCCGCUUCCUCCUCCUCCGACUCGGACGCCGGCGGAGCCUCCCCGCCCCCGCGGAAGAAGCCCCGAGCCUCGGCGGCGGAGGGAGUAGGAGAGCCCGGGGCUUCGGCAGGCCGAACAGGCCUCUCCCCGCCGCCCGCGUCGUCGUCGUCCUCAGUGGUGGUGGUGGUGGGCGUCCCCGCGGCCGCCGCCCCCGCCGCCGCCUCCGGCCCCCUCCGCGGCAGCGGCCCCAGCCUGGUCAGCGGCAGCGUCAUGCAGGCCAACGGGGCGGGCGGCAGCGGGGGCGGCGGGGGCCAGGGCCAGACCCAGGAGCUCGCCUGCCUGUCGGCGCAGAACGGGGAGUCGUCCCCCUCGCCGUCGUCGUCCGCGGGGGACCUGGCCCACGCCAACGGGCUCCUGCCCGCAGCCCCUGCCGCCGGCAACAAUAGCAACAGCCUGAGCGUCAAUAACGGGGUCCCCGGCGGGGCCGCCGCCUCGGCCAUCCCGGAGCUGGGCAGCAGCCUCAAGAAGAAGAAGAGGCUCUCCCAGUCGGACGAGGAUGUCAUCAGGCUGAUUGGACAGCACUUGAAUGGCUUAGGGCUCAACCAGACUGUUGAUCUCCUCAUGCAAGAAUCAGGAUGUCGUUUAGAACAUCCUUCUGCUACCAAAUUCCGAAAUCAUGUCAUGGAAGGAGACUGGGAUAAGGCAGAAAAUGACCUGAAUGAACUAAAGCCUUUAGUGCAUUCUCCUCCUGCUAUUGUGGUAAGAGGCGCACUUGAAAUCUCUCAAACGUUGUUGGGAAUAAUUGUGAGGAUGAAGUUCUUGCUGCUGCAGCAGAAGUACCUGGAAUACCUGGAGGACGGCAAGGUCCUGGAGGCACUUCAGGUCCUACGCUGUGAGCUGACGCCACUGAAAUACAAUACGGAGCGCAUUCACGUUCUUAGUGGGUACCUGAUGUGUAGCCAUGCAGAAGACCUACGUGCAAAAGCAGAAUGGGAAGGCAAAGGGGCGGCGUCCCGGUCCAAACUGCUGGACAAGCUCCAAACCUAUUUACCACCAUCAGUGAUGCUUCCCCCACGGCGUUUACAGACCCUUCUGCGGCAGGCAGUGGAGCUGCAAAGGGAUCGGUGCCUCUAUCACAACACCAAGCUUGAUAAUAAUCUAGAUUCUGUGUCUCUGCUUUUAGAUCAUGUUUGUAGUAGGAGACAGUUCCCAUGUUACACCCAGCAGAUACUUACAGAGCAUUGCAAUGAAGUGUGGUUCUGUAAAUUCUCUAACGACGGCACUAAACUAGCAACAGGAUCAAAAGAUACAACAGUUAUUAUAUGGCAAGUUGAUCCCGAUACACACCUGCUAAAAUUGCUUAAAACUUUAGAAGGACAUGCCUAUGGUGUUUCUUACAUUGCAUGGAGUCCAGAUGACAACUAUCUUGUUGCUUGUGGCCCCGAUGACUGCUCUGAGCUUUGGCUUUGGAAUGUACAAACGGGAGAGCUAAGAACAAAAAUGAGCCAGUCACAUGAAGACAGUUUAACAAGUGUGGCUUGGAAUCCAGAUGGGAAACGCUUUGUAACUGGAGGUCAGCGUGGGCAAUUCUAUCAGUGUGAUUUAGACGGUAACCUCCUGGACUCCUGGGAAGGGGUGAGAGUGCAAUGCCUUUGGUGCUUGAGUGAUGGGAAGACUGUUCUGGCAUCGGACACACACCAGCGGAUCCGGGGAUACAACUUUGAGGACCUUACAGAUAGGAACAUAGUACAAGAAGAUCAUCCCAUUAUGUCUUUUACUAUUUCAAAGAAUGGCCGAUUAGCUUUGCUAAAUGUAGCAACUCAGGGAGUGCAUUUAUGGGACUUGCAAGACAGAGUUUUAGUAAGAAAGUAUCAAGGUGUUACACAAGGCUUUUAUACAAUUCAUUCAUGUUUUGGAGGCCAUAAUGAGGACUUCAUCGCCAGUGGCAGUGAAGAUCACAAGGUUUACAUCUGGCACAAACGUAGUGAACUGCCAAUUGCGGAACUGACAGGGCAUACACGUACAGUGAACUGUGUGAGCUGGAACCCACAGAUCCCAUCCAUGAUGGCCAGCGCCUCAGAUGAUGGCACUGUUAGAAUAUGGGGACCAGCGCCUUUUAUAGACCACCAGAAUAUUGAAGAGGAAUGCAGUAGCAUGGAUAGUUGAUGGCGAAUUUGGAGCAGACGACUUCUGUUUAACUUAAAAUUAGUCGUAUUUUAAUGGCUUGGGAUUUGGUGCAAACAAACAUGAUUGAUAGCUGGACAGACAUGCUCGUCAUGAAAAAAGAACCAUUUCUGAAGCCCGAAUGGGGCCAAACAUUUACACCUUGCUUCAUAGUAACCAGUUGAGAUGAAGCACGUCGGUAGAACGUUAUCGGACACCAUGUUGACUUAUCCCCCAUCGGUUGUGAAGAACUGUGCUACAUUCAGGCUUACCCAUUGAACUCAGUAUAUAUAUUUUUUUCCCUCCUGCCUUUUGUCUGGCAGGAUACCAUUCUUGUUGCUCUUCUGUGUAAUGAAGUUUAAAUGCUUGUUUGGAAAACUUUAUUUAACAGUUUAGAAGGCUUGAUAGAAAGAGUGCAUUAGUCUGAAGAGUAUACAUUGGAUAGGAAAGAACUUCCUUCUUUUGUUCCUCCAAAUCUUUCCGCCUUAUUUAGCUUGAGAUCUUUGCAGCUUGGUUCAUGGAUUCUAGCCUUGCCCAUUGCGCAGUAUAUACUGAUCCAGACGAUAAGCCAGUGAACUAUGUCAAAAGCACCCUCAAUAUUACAUUUGACAAAAAGUUUUGUACUUUUCACACAGCUUGUUGCCCCGUAAAGGGGUUAACAGCACAAUUUUUUAAAAAUAAAUUAAGAAGUAUUUAUAGGAUUAAAGUGACUUCAUUUGUAUACAUUUGGAAUCUAAACCAGCUUAAAGACAGUUUCCUCUGACUUAGAUACUCAGUGUGAUGCUCUUCUGGAAUACCGCAUGAGACGUGGCCCAACAAGCUUGGAAGGACACUGCACAGGAAACUCAGUGACGCUUUGAACACUUUACCCCUUCUGUUAUAUUCCUGAAGGACCGUCAGUACCUAAUCUUGAAAAAAUUCAAGAUUCAAAAAGAAUUUUAAAUAUAUACCAAAAUAAGAGAUGAGUAGUCAGUUUAGGUUUUCAACACAGCUGCCCUGAGUUGUUCACAGCUUGAGAGACAGUUUGGUGCAGCCUGGCAGGAGGGUAGGAGUCAGCAGAUGCAGCUGCUUGGGAAGCUCUGUAGUAUAGUUGAGCUCAUUAGAGAAUUCAGCAGCUUACAGACUGGGUUUAAAGUCUCAUUACUUCUCUUAAUUGCCCUUAAUAUUUUGACACAUAGGGAAACACAAAGACUACUCCUUCGCAGCUUUUCAGACCUCCUAUUGCCAUACCAAACCUCAUUAUAUCCUGGUGCUGUGGGUGGUCUUUCCCUCUUCCCCUUCUAGAGAAAGGUUUCCUUCAUGGAAAAGCACUUUUCAGUUUGAGAAUUUCACAUUUAAAAUAAGCCAAAAGCCUGCUGUUCACAUUAUGCUUUUAAACCCCAUUAACAGCUGAAUACAAGAAAGACUGAAACUCCCUUUUUUGGUAGAGCAUAAGUACUGUGGCCACAGCUGUUCGGUUGGGCAGAGGAGUGGGAAUACCCCAAGUAAGGUGCUGGUGAUUAGAAGUCUUGUAUUAGGUUCCCCUUCUGGCCAACCAAGUCUAUAUGAUGCUCUUACCACAAGUAGAUACAUUCAAGAUCCACAAGGAAUAGAAAGGCUUGGAUGUCAGGGAUUUUUCCAUGGGGUGGGAGGGAAGGGGAUGGUAACAGGGAGAAAUGGGAAAGCCAGAGAGGGCGAGAAGAUUAGAGAACAAUUGGCCUUAAAAUAGCACGGAUUCUCCCAAAAGCUCACAGUAAGAGAAAAUGACAAAUUGUGGGCAGCAGAUUGCUUUAUCAAAUUGGUAUGUAGAAGAGUCUUGAAGCCCCAUUUUACAGAGACCACCACUUCCUGUUUUGAUACUUCUAAGUUAAAACUGUUAUGGCUUAUCCAAUACUCAUUCUUCUGAACUAAAACUACGUUAAGCUUGAAUAAAAGUCUUCAUUGGUAACUGUAUGUAAAUAAGUGGCAGCUUCUCUUUAUCUGAGCACAGUUAAAUGCAUAUUUUAAGUGACGUAUACCCCAAAGCCCUUGCUGCACCCACCCGGUCUAAGUAACAUCACUGACAGUGUGGGCACAGGCACACCACAACUGUUUGCAGAUCUGCUCUCUGUGCUCUAGCUCCUGUAACACAGCUGUGCCCAUUCAGGCGGCCUGGCACUCCGUUUCUGCUUCACUUCACCCCCACCUCUCCACCCCACUCCCGCCACUAGAUCUGAGUUUUUGAGUGCUUCUUAAGUACAGUUAAGAACAACAGUUUAAAGAAAGUAAAAGGCACAUUUUCCAGUAAGCCAGAGUGCCAACUAACAUGGGUUUCCACAGCAGCUAGGUGAGUUUGGGUCUGUCUACUGGCAGCUUCCUGUGUAGCGGUGCUCUGCUCUGUGAAUUUGCUGUGAACCUGUACCCGGUGCAGUCACAAGAGCUGAGGUAGAUGAAGAGACCUAGAUUUCAUGGUACAGAAAGCCUGACAGGACGGUCUAACCCAGAGCUGUCAGCUCUCUGUAGGCUUAAAGGUGAGAACAGUAUGACACCAGCUGCCAGAUACUAAGAAAUAAAUUGAAAAGUACCAAUACUUUUUGACCAAUAGAUCAAAAUGUAGAGUGGAGAAUUUUGGCUCCAAAAACCAGGUUAGUAGGCUCAUUUCCACAUACUUAAAAAAUGUUUUUGUUAUUACUGAUUAAGUGCUAAAGCAAGUAUGAAAUUUAAUGUCUUUUUCCUCCAAAUAAUUGGUUAAAAGCAGUAGCAGUACACUGUUGGGUUUGAGAAUCAUAAGAUGCAUGUGUGGGCAGUGACGAAGUAUAGCAGGCAGCUGGGACGGAUGGCAAAGUUCAGAUUUGUUGCUUGUAUUUUAUUAGUGUUCAGGCCAGCCUCAUUUCUGUUACUUCUAUUGGCCAGGAAAAUGUGUUGUAUUAAAGCAGGUAAGUAGUUUAAACAGGAAAUCUUAUUUGCCAAUGUCCCCACAAAUUGGCCCAUUUAGUGGGUGGGAGAACAAAAAGGGAUUAUCUAACUUUAAAUAUAAACUAACUAAGCAUGCUAGUUGAAAGGGGAAAAAGUCCAAUUUCUGUCACUAUUUUCUUAAUCUGAAAUCACACUGUAGGAACAUGGUGAUUUACUAGGAGUAUUCUCCCUCUAGAGGCAUUCCAUGACAUUAAUAGAAAACCCUUCUUUCCCACCUUUCCCCAUCUUGAAAUUUUUUUUUAGGAUGUUGGUUCCUGCACAAGAACUGGCCCUAUCACCUCUGCUCACAGUGGCACAUGUGUGGUACAUCUCUUGAAAGUUUCUUUCACAGCAGAAGAGUGGCUGCUUUUGAAUGGGGAGGAAAGAUGACAUUUUUCUCUUAAUAUCCUUUUGUCCCAUCUCUAAAAUGUACAGAUGGCUUUAGUGUACUCUCUCAGACUUUAGUGACUCUCUUCUGGGGUUGCUCUCCAAAAUAGUACUUCCAUUUCAAAAACCUAUCUGAUUUGAUAUAAACUGUAAAAGAGGUGAAUUUGCAUUUACACUUAGUCACUUUCUAAAAACAGGGUGAACCAUAUUGAAACUUCUUCAGCGUUGCUAUUAUAUUAGCUGCCCUAUAGUUGCAAAAACAAACUUAAAACCCAUCCCCUAUUUACUUAAUCCAGAUAGCCUGGAAUUAAUGAAACAUAGUAUGAAGUAAGUGUGUGUGUGUGUGUGUGUGUGUGUGUGUGUGUGUUGGAAGAGAGGGAGUACUUAAUUCAUGUGUGUGUGUGUGUGUGUUGGAAGAGAGGGAGUACUUAAUUCAUAAAAGUCCUGGAAGCUGCUGUUCUAGGUUCUUGUCAAUUUUACUACAAGUCUUGUGCACAUGUGAAGUGCUCUCUCUGAAUUUAAGGUUUGGUUAAUACUGGUAUAUUUUUAUAAUACUGAAACAUGUCCCCAUCUUUAACUUAAAUGUUUCUAUUAUCAGGGCCGUGCUAAAACCGAAUAGUAACGUUUAAAGGCACAGGUGGAAAAAUGUUUUUGGCUCCUUGAAAAUGUGUGUGAUGAGGGGAAUAGACCCACAAAAGCAUGUGUGUACUUACUAACCAAGCUGUAGAGAUCAGGAAAAGAACCUCAAUGUUGAUCUCAAGGUUUCUAAAUUGUCCAGAUUUACAUGGCAUUGUGGUGGAACUAGUUAACACUUAGAGCUCUUGGUAUGUAAUAUCUAUUUGCUAUGGACUGAUUAAAUGUUUCAAAGGAU